AUGGAGGAGGAGGUUGUGAGGAAGAGGAAGAUGCCCCAGGAUCCCCAGACAGACAAUGAGCUGAGGAUGGAGACCAAGGAGGACAAAUCCCCCCAACAGAACCUCAUGGAAGAACCCAUUCUGAGCGGCUCCACGGCACAGGAAUCCAAUGGGAAGGAAAAGCCCUGGAGAUCCCACACAAGGAGGGGCUCCAAACCAAUCUCAGGGUGCUCUGAGGGGAAAAGACCCACCCUGUGGCAGGAAGGCACCCAGAGCUUCAGCCAGAGCUUGGAGCUGGGGGUCCAUGAGCAGCUUCACGCUGGGGAGAAGCCCUACAAGUGCUUGGAGUGUGGGAAGAGCUUCAGCUGGAGAAACAGCUUGAUCCGUCACCUGCUGAUCCACAGCGGGGUUCCCUACGAGUGUGGGGAAUGUGGGAAGGGCUUCAGCUGCAGCUCCAGCCUGAUCCGCCACCUGAGGUUCCACACCCGGGAGAGGCCCUAUCAGUGUUCUGUGUGUGGGAAGAGGUUUUCAAUCAGCUCAGAUCUCAUGAGACACCAGCGCAUUCACAGGGAGGAGAGGCCCUUCCUCUGCCCCGACUGCAGGAAGGGCUUUAAGGACAACUCCGCCCUCGUCAGGCACCAGCGCAUCCACACUGAAGAAAGGCCCUACAGGUGCUUGGAAUGUGGGAAGAGCUUCAGCCGGAGCUCUGUACUGAUCUGUCACCAAAGAAUCCAUACUGGGGAGAGGCCCUAUGAAUGUUCUGUGUGUGGGAAGACGUUUCAGAGCAGCUCCCAUCUCCUUCGGCACCAGCGCAUCCACACCGGGGAGAGGCCCUACGAGUGUCCCCAGGGUGGGAAGAGCUUCUUAGACAGCUCUACCUUGGCCCGACACCAACGGAGGCACCGGUAA